UGGGUGGUUUCCAGUUUUUUGCUAUUGUGAAUAUGGCUGCUAUGAACAUUCACGCAUAAGGCUUUGUAUGGAUGGAAAUUUUUUAUUCUCUUGGGAAAAUACCUUGGACAUGGAAUCGCUUGGUAAAUGUUUAACUUUUAAAGAAAUUGCCAAACGUUUUUCCAAAGUGGUCGUGCUACUUUACAUUUUCAACAGCAUUAUAUGAGAGUUCCAUUUGCUCCACAUCCUUCCAUAUUUGGUGCUGGCAGUUUUAAAACUUUUACCCAUCCCAGUAGAUAUGGAAUGCGUGCACUGUGGUGUGCAUCUCCCUGGGGCCUACUGUUAUGCAUCUUUCCAUGUGUUUAUUGACUGCUCAUACAUCUGAUGUGGUGAGGUAUUCAAAGUCCUAGGUGGUUAGUUUUUUUGUUAUUGAAUUAUAAGAGUUCUUUACAUAUUCUGGAUACAAAAUUCUUUGUCAUAUUAUUGCGAGGCUGUAGCCAUUUAAAAACAAUGUUUUGUAACCAGUAACAUUAGUUAGGUACUUAAAAAUAAUAAUGAUUGCUGGCUGUGCCACAGAGCAUUUGGAGAGCAAACUGCUAAACCGAAAAAAUCUGUCAAGCUAGGCCUAUAUUUUGUGCACCUGGAGUCCUGUGACCAAGGAGCCCACAACAUAACUUACUCUUAAAGUCAACAGAGAUAACAUAAAGUAAAAUAAAUAAAACAAAAAUCGCCCAGCGACGUAUAUUUGCUGAUGACGGCGUGUGAUCAGGGCACCUUUGAGUCAUUUUGUAUUAUUGGGCAUAGCUUCGAAGUCAUCAAUGUAUCAUCCUUAGGAUAAUAAUAAUAUAAACUAGAUAUAAAAAUUAAACGGGGAUAAUAAGAUGGUAGAAUGCCGGGCUUUCUGUUUGGCCUUGAUCCUGAGUCAUGGGCCACGAAAUAGCCGGGCCAGAGGGCAAGCGAGAUCAAGGGUACCCCUGCAACCGCCUUGGCAUUUCCCAGACAGCGGCCUUAGGGCUGCGCAUGCGCCUCUCGGCCCGCCCGUCUCCGCCCACCCGGGAGGCGGGAUGGCGUUGCCGUGGUAACCGCAGUAAACGGAGACCUGGGGCAGACGCCGUGACUGGGAACGCGCGGCGGAGGUUGGUGCCUUAGGUAAGUUUUGACCCCAGCAGCCUGGCAGUUCCCACAACCUCCCCCCUCAAAUCUGUUGGCGAAUCAGGGAUCAGUCGACCCCAUUUGGACUUCUCUUAGGCUGAACUAGGGUUCUCCGGGCUUUGCUGAGACACAUUCCUUCUCCUUUCUAUGGAUCAGUUCGACAAACAUUUGAAUUGAUAGCAUUCGCAGGCAUGGGGCAACACACUGUAGAUAGAACGUGGACGCUGUUCCUGCCUGCAAGGAGCUCAUGAUCCAGCUGGGGAGGAAGACAGGCGAUGGCAGGAGUCCGUGUUGGACCGGGCUGAGCCAGGAACAGGGAGUCGGUGGGAAAGUGCCUGGGUUCUGGGGUCAACAAGCCACCCAGACCUGUUAAGUGUGACACUUGGCAAGUUGACCUUCUGCACUUUAGAUUCCUCAUCUAACUAGGGAAGGUGGUAGUGCUUACUUCAUGGGGUUCCUGUUACAAUUAAAUAGGAUAAUGCAGGUCAAGUAAGUGUGUAGCACAUGCAAGACACAGUAGAUGCACAAUAAAUCCUUGUUGCAUACAAGUAGAUAUAGUAGCAUACAAGUACUCAGCAUGCCUGGCCAAUUGUGAGUUGUCCAAGGUGGCUACUGACUAAAACUUUUGAGAAGGAGGAGGGGCUGAGGAGGAUCCAGGAAAGGGGAAGGUGACAAGAGAUGAAUUACAGACCCUAAGAUGAAGGACCUCUGUGCCACACCAAGGAAUCUGAGUUCUUGUUCUGUGGCAAUGAGGAGCCAUUAAAGGUUUUAAACAAGAAGAGUGGCACAUUAAAAGCUGUGUUUUAGGAAUAUAAGAGGCAGUGUACAAAUGGACCAGAGAAGGGAGAGAAUGAGGCUGUGGUAAUGGUAGAGGUGAGACAGUGUGAGGACCAGAACUGGGAUGGGGACAGUGGGACUAGAAGGGAGAGGAUGAAUUCAAAAGGCUUAAUAACUGAACACUGGGCAACAGGACUUGGAAGUCAAUUGCAUGAGUUGGGUGAGAGGGAAGGAUUCAAAUAGUAACUGCUCUGCUAUCUCAUCUGUAAAAUGCACCUAACUCAUAGAGUUUUGAGAAAUAUAUGAAACAGUAUGUGUAGAAUCCUCAGAACUGUGCUCCACACAUGGUAAACAUUAAAAACACAUGAGCUGUUAUUCUCUCCACAGUUGUUAUUUCACACUGUAAAGUAAAAACAGUGUCUGUUUUUAUACAGGAAUCUCUAUGAAUCUCAGCGUGACCAGCUCUGGCACACUGCUGAGAUGGAGUGUUUGAGUUUGUGAGAGUGGGGACCGACCCUGGAAUCUAAGGAAUGAAUCUUGAGUAAUGUCAUCUUGGGGAGCCCUCUGUCCAGCUUCCAGCCAACCUCCUUCUAUCAACACACACUCUGCAACACUGUGUACUAUAAUUUUCUUUUUUCUUUACACUUCCUCAGGGUUGACUCAAAACUUCACAGUCUACCUAAUGAGUUGGUUAACAGAAUUAACCAUAGGCUGGACCAAUAAGCCUGAGUCUAAUGAAAAUAGAUUUAAGGUAGUUCUGCAAAUAGACUUCCAAACCUAGCUAGUUCAGUUGUAUAAGAUAGGACAUGGUUAGGUAUACAGAAAUAAGGUUUAGUCAUUCUAGCUGGUUACAGAUGGAUUAUUACGAGUCAGUAUAUGAGGAGCCUGCCCACCCCCCAGACCCUGGCAAGAUAAUGUAAUAUUAGGCUGCCUUGAAAGAAUAUAAUGUCCCCAACAGAUAAAGUGAUGGUUCAUAUCUUCUGGAAAGUGUCCAGAUCCUUCAAAGGACAUACAAAAUUGGGAGGGAUAUAUGAUGGAUUGGGAAUUAAGUUUUUGAGCUAUCCAGAUGCUGAAAGGAGUUGAAAACAUGUUAGUGAGAAAUAGUUGAAAGAAUUGGGAUGCUUUAUUUGGGAAAAGAGAGGAUCUGGGUAGGAAAGUUAACUGGCUAAUUAUUUGAACGGCUAUAGUAAACAGGAAAACUUAUUCUGUGUGUCCCCAGAAGAAUAGGGCCAAAUAGAUCCAAGUUGCAGGGAGGAAGAUUUCAUAUAAUAGAAAAUGAACUUCCUAAGAACUAGAGCUGAGAACAUUAACAGAAUGUGCUCACCCUCUUACCUGAAAUGUUUAAAUUAAAGCUGACUGUCUCUUGGUGUGUUCCUUCAUUUGUUCCUUUAUUCAGGAAUUAAAACAUUCAUCCCUUCAACUAUUUUACCUACUGAGUGCAAGGCACUGUUCUUUGAAAGCUUUACUGUAUUAACUCAUUGAGAUCUCAGAACCACCUUGUGAAGUAGGUACUGCACUUUACAGAUGAGAAGGCACAGAGAGGUUAAAUACUUGUUUAAUACCUCACAACUAUAAUAGUAAGAGGAAAAGCCAGGCUUUGAGCCCAGUCAGUGUGAUUCUAGCCAAUACUCUUAGCCUGGGCUUGAGUUGUAGAUGUGUGAUUUAUAUUGGGUGGGAAGAUUGGACCAAAUUAACCCUCUUUCAACUCUCAAGAUUCUGUGAUCAUAUUUAUUGAGCCCUAGCUGUAUUAAAGAGAAUGUGUAGUAAUUAUAGUAAAACUACCAUUUUCCAAUACGUACGAAGAGUUUGAUAUAAACCCAUGGUCCUUAACUCUGGUUCUUAUUCUUUGGCUCCACAAAAGAAUUAUAUAGGGAAUGAGACCCCGAGAAUGGUACAUUGUAAGAAGUUUUCCGAGUGAUUCUAAAGUACAGCCAGAGUUGAGAACUGUGGGUAUAAAAGAUCUCAUUUAAUACUUACAAUAACUCUGCCAGACAACCUUAUCUUCCCCAUUGUACAUAUAAAAGGACUGACAGGUUAAGGGAUGCUAGGGGCUUGGCCCUUGGCCAAGUAAACCUUUUUUCUUGGCCAAACAAGUCCCUCUGACAUCAAAGCCUCAUCAGGUUGCAAUACAACUUCUCAAUCCUUUAAUUCUAAAAAAAUAAAAACAAACACAAAAAUCAAGAGAGGGUAUCAUGAUGUCAGUGCAAGGAAACAGAGGGUAUAAACCCUAAUGUCCAGAUGAAGGUGGGUAGUUGUCAUCCUGCACUCUCAUGCACUGAUCGUGUAGUGUAGAUCCUGGCUGCUUUGGGCAUAGUAGUCUUUCUUGAGAGACCAGGAAGGUGUAAUAAUGCACUAGUUCAGUUAAUUCGCAUAGCAGCCUUAUACAUAGUUUUUUCUUCACUCCCAUUUUACAACCGAGGAAUUGAUGUAAAGUAAUUAGCUAGUUCUGUGGCAAAACUGGGAUUCAAACCUGAAUCUAACCACAGAUCUCACCCAAAAAGAACUACUACUCUACCUGCCAGCUGUGCCAUAGAAUGUUGAGGAAACACGGGAUGUUUAGUGCGGAGAAAUGAAGACUUAGAAGGAAGACAUAGUAGAUGUUCUCAUCUACAAGAGCUGCCAUAGAGAGAGAGGACAGAGAAAACCUCUCGUGUCACUCCCCUCCUUAAAAACCUUCAAUGGCUUUCAACUACCAUAGAAAUAAGUUCUAAACUCCUUAGCAAAGCUUAGAGACAAUUUGAUGAUCUGCUACCCGCUUCCUCAUCAAUGUCCAUUUCACUCUCCUGCUCUAGCCAAUAGACUGCUCUCAGGCCUUCACAGACACAAGCCUCUCUUAGAAGCUCCCUCUGCCAAUAAUCUUUCCCAUUUUAUGCCUGGCCAACGUCUACUCAUGACCUGUGUCUCAAAUGCCUCUUCCUUAACCCCAGACAUAGUUUAAUCUUCUUGCUGUAUGUGCCCACAACACCCUAUUCUUUUGUAGCACUCAUUAUAUUUUAAUUACCUGUUUAAUAUCUAUAUUUCUAAAAAAGCUCCACUGAGUUAAGGAUCGUAUCUUUCUAGUUCAGUACUACAAUUUAGUGCCUAACAUAAGAUUUGAUACAUAGAAGUUAUCCUCAACAAAUAUUUAAAAAUUGAAAUUGAUUAGUAACACCAGGGGACUUUGAUGAUGGGAGGGGGAAGAGGAGGGGAUGAACCAAAGGAAGGAUGGCAAAGGGUUAAUUUUAAUGUGGAGCAUUUAGAGGAAAGAUAGGCUUGGGUGGUGUUUCACUGUGGACUUCUGGAAAACCAGAGGGCACCAUGAUGACGAGUUUGCCUGGAGGAAGGGAAUAUCUGACUAUAUUUUGCCAUUCUACGGAGGUCUCUGAUGAUGGCCGUGUGCCCUCCAGCUGGUGAAAUCAUUUCUGAUACCUUGCAAACACACAGAUUGUCAACACACAUGGUGUUUGGUGCUCCUGGGAUUUGUUUAGGGGGAAAAUAAUCUGUUAAUGAUUUCUAUUUUACAGCUCUAUCCCUGUCUCUGUCUCAAUUUUGUGCUUACAGAGAAAAUGAAGGAACCAGAUGAUCAGGAUACUGAUGGGGGGAAAUCAGAGAGAUCAAAGAGUGAUGGAAGGCAGUCUCGUUCUUCUAGAUCUGCAUCAGAACCCGCUAUGAAAGAGGAUUACAAAUCUGUUGAAGAUACCACAGGCGAAACAUUUACUGAAGGGGAAGAGUCAUAUUUAGGGGAUGAUGAAUCCUAUGUGGAACAUUUGGAAGGAAGUUCAAGUUCAUCUCAAGAUGAUUAUGUGGAAAGCAUUGGAAAAUCUCAGUACAUGGAAACUCCUGUCCCAGAUGCAGAAGAGGCAGAGGAGGAAGUUAAGAAGAAAAUAUCAGAAAGCUUCUUCUAUGAUUAUAUGGAGCUGGCUUCGAUGCCUUUUGUGACUCCGGAUUCAGACAUACCGCUGGAUCUUCUUACACUUGUACACUCCUUUGGUUAUGACUGCAGAAAGCGGGCCAACCUACAACUUCUGGACAGCAAUAUGGUGUUGUACGUAGCUGGGAACCAGCUGAUCCUUCUGAAUUUGAAAACCAAGGAACAGACCUACCUGCGAAGUAGCAGUGGCAGGGGAAUUGGUGUCAUUGGGGUUCACCCCCAAAAAACUUACUUCACAGUAGCAGAAAAAGGAGUUUUCCCCAAGAUUAUCAUUUAUGAAUAUCCUUCUUUGAGGCCCUACAGAAUACUUCAAGAUGGGACUGAUCUGGCCUAUGCAUAUGUAGACUUUAACUGCGAUGGUACCUUGCUGGCCUCUGUUGGUGGCAGCCCUGACUACACACUGACAAUCUGGAAUUGGAAAGAAGAGCAGCCCCUACUGAGGACAAAAGCUUUUUCCCAGGAAGUGUUCAAGGUUACUUUCAAUCCUGAAGAUGACGAGCAGCUUACUACAUCGGGAUCCGGCCACAUCAAGUUCUGGGAAAUGGCUCUAACAUUCACUGGCCUCAAGCUUCAGGGUUCAUUGGGUCGAUUUGGCAAAACAGCCACUAAUGAUAUAGAAGGUUACAUGGAGCUCCCAGAUGGGAAGGUGCUCUCAGGGUCAGAAUGGGGCAACAUGCUGCUUUGGGAAGGUGGCCACAUCAAAGUCGAGCUGAGUCGAGCUGCAGGCAAGACUUGUCACCAGGGUCCCAUUAACCAGAUAAUGCUGGACGAGGGUGAAGUCAUCACCAUCGGGUCAGAUGGAUGUGUUAGGAUAUGGGAUUUUGAGACAAUAGACACUGCUGAUACUAUAGACGAGACUGGAUUAUUAGAGAUAGAGCCCAUUAAUGAACUUCAAGUAGACAAGAAUGUCAGACUCUUCUCUAUGAUAAAAAUGAAUGAAAUUGGAAAUAACUUUUGGUUGUCUCAGGAUUCCAAUGGAGCCAUAUGGAAGCUUGACCUUAGCUUUUCAAAUAUUACCCAAGAUCCAGAAUGCCUCUUCUCCUUCCAUUCUGGAGCCGUUGAAGCCUUGGCCGUCUCUCCUCUCACUUAUCUCAUGGCCACUACUGGCUUGGACUGCUCUGUUAGACUCUAUGAUUUUGCUAGCAAAACUCCUUUGGUUCAGAUGAAAUUCAAACAAGGAGGUACUGCCCUUACUUGGGUACCACGACGGGUAAGCAACAGUGGAGCACAGAUUAUUGCAGGAUUUGAAGAUGGCGUUGUUCGAAUUCUUGAACUUUAUGAUCCAGAAGGGCUCACAAGUUUUGUGGGACGGAAGAGAGUUUCAGAUGCAGAUAUUUGUUUGAAACAGGUUUUCAAACCUCAUACUUCUCCUGUCACUGCUUUAGCUUAUGAUCGUGAUGGAGAAGUUCUAGCCACAGGGAGUAAAGAUCAAACUGUCUUCUUCUUUGAAGUGGAAAGGGGUUAUAAGCCAAUCGGUUAUAUUACUACUCCUGGACCUGUUUGCCAGUUAACCUGGUCUACAGCCUCUCAUCCUGAAAGUACUUUACUGAUUAUUUGUGAGAAUGACUAUGUUCUUGAAGCUCCAUUUCCAACUAUAAAGGAGGAGGAGGAGGACCAUGAUGUAGUUUCCUAUGAAAUCAAAGACAUGUGUAUAAAAUGUUUCCAUUUCUCAAGUAUCAAAUCUAAGAUUCUGAGAUUAAUAGAAAUUGCAAAGAGAAAGAAACAAAAGGAGUUGAAGGAGAAGGAAAAGGAAGAAAGGAGGAAAAGCCUAGAAGCAGAGAUGGGAGAAGAUGGAGAAAAGGAACUCCAGGAGGAAGAGGAGGAGGAGGAGGAGGAACCAUUACCCGAAAUCUUUAUUCCUUUAACCCCCUGUCACAUCCUCUGUGGAUUUUACUCUGGGCCAGGGAAGUUCUGGGUUUCUUUGGGUGGCUAUGAUUCUGGUUUUCUAUAUCACUGUGAGUUUCCCCCAUAUGACAAAAGCAGUGAUAUCACAGAAAAGAAAGAUGAACCUUUUGAUUUCCGUCUUCUUGAGGAUACAGAGGAUAAUCCCAUCACAGCUAUCACUUUCAGCAUUAACCAAGAAAUGAUGUUUUGUGGAAUGCAAAAUGGAGCAGUUCGAGUCUAUAUCCUAAAUAAGAAUGAUCCUUCAUUGACCAAUAUGGAGGAUUACUGGCAUUUCAGCAUGCAUGACAAUAAUUAUGGAUGCAUUAAUGCCAUCUCCACUAGCUUUGAUGACCGUUUCUUGGUGACUGCUGGAGCAGACAGUAAUAUCUUUGUUUUCAACAUUUUUUCUGAAUUUGAGUUAAAGAAGGUCAUGAAAGCCAAGGUGCCAUCUCCCAGGGUUGGAAUAGAAACAGAGCCAAUUCCAGAAGAUAUUGAAGAUCCUAAAGCCUACAGUAUUGAGAAUGCCAGAAGAAAAAGAGAACAUGACAAGUUAGUGAAAGAAGGGGAAGAAGUCAAGGCUGAGAAGAGAGAACGAAUCAAAGCUUUAAGGAAUCAAUUACAGAAACUACUACAGAUGAAUGAAGAAUUACCAAAACAUAUGCAGUUUAAACGGACAGAUUUUGAUCUAGAUUCCAAAAUUCGUGCUGAGAUUGACAGGAAAACAGCUAAUAAAAUUCAACGAGUGGAAAAGGAAUUAGCUUGGGAAAAAGAGAAACACCAACUUGGCCUAAGGAAGCUACAGAGUAGAUUUCGUGAUUCGUUGGAAAGCGAUACUAUUGUGGUUCAUGCCAUACAAAGUGAACACAAGAUAUCCUCCUAUAGGCUUGUGAAAUCCUCUAAAUACUCCAAAUCCAAACGGCCAAGUCAAUCAGAGAGAAGAGCGAGCAAAUUUGAGAGGUUUGAAAAAGAAGGAACUGGAAGAAAGGACAGUCAGAGAGAUACAGGUGGGAGUAUUAGUGUGCCAGAAGAAUCAAUCAUAGAAAAAGGGAAGAAAUUUCGGCCUAAAACCCUAAGUGAAAUUAUGGUGGAAAGUCAAAUUGAGAAAACAAGGAAACUUAUAUUAAAGGCUGAAAGGGCCCAACUGAAAAUUCAGCAGCGAAAAAAAGAAUGGGAGGAAAUGUACAACAGUAAACCUGGUGAUGACUAUGAAGAUCCCAAAGAUGUUCAAGCCAUCAAAGAGGCCCAGUUGUAUAUGGGAGACUUCAAUUUGAAGACAGCCCCAGACUAUAAGAUACCUGAACACAUGAGAGUAAAUGCUGCCAAGAAGGAAGAGGAACUGGGACACCUCGACUCUAUGGCCUAUGCAAAGAAAAUGCACAUGAACAAGUGCAUUGUCUCUCUUCGAGACCUUAAAGUGGCUGUCAUCGAGGAAAUACAGUGCCUGGUGCAAGAACUGAAGAACAUUCAGUCGACUCUUCACGUAUCCAAGCACAUCCCCAUUCCCCAAAUCCCUCAGAUAUACCCAGAAGAAGUUCCAGAAAAGAGAUUUCAGUAUGAUGAGGAAACCCUCCUAGCUUUUAAGCGGCAGCAGAUGAAAAAUCAGGCUGAAACGGCCCCUCGAGUGGAAAAGGCAGCGUCUGCAGGCUCAGCUGGAAGCUUCCUCAGACUCUCUUCUGGAAAGGAUGGGGAUUUGAUGACAAGUGAUUCAUCGUCUAGAUCAUCAAAAGCAACAGUAUUCAAUCUAGAUAUUCCAAAGUUCAUGGAAUUUGAAAGAACAGAUCCAACUGAAGUGGAGCUGGAGAUUAUGAAGAGGGAUGAGAUUAAACACUUGUACAUGCAACAGUAUUUGAUCAACAGGAUCAAAGAACUGAUUGUCACUUUUGAUGCAGAACUCCGUCUCCUGAGACAUCGGAAACUGAAACUAGAUACUCAGAUGAAAUUAUCUGACCUGCACCAUGUCACAUUAUUUCAAGAAAUGCUUCUCCUGAAGAAUUUUGAGAAACAGGAGAACAUACUUCAAGAGCGUGUUAAUUCAUUAGACAAAGAGGAACAGGACAUGCAAUGGAAAAUAAAUGAAACUCUUAAAGAGAUGGAAGAGAAAAAGAAUGAAGUCGCCAAGAUCCAGGACCAAGAAAAGGCACUCUAUGCUGGUUUCCAAGCAGCCCUUGGAGAAAACAAUAAAUUUGCUAACUUUCUCAUGAAGGUACUAAAGAAGAGGAUUAAGCGGGUGAAGAAAAAGAAGGUUGAAGGAGAUGCUGAUGAAGAUGAAGAAAGUGAUGAAUCAAGUGAAGAAGAAUCCAGCUUGGAGAGUGAUGAGGAUGAGUCUGGAUCUGAAGAUGAGGUUUUUGAUGAUUCUAUCUGCCCAACAAAUUGUGAUAAGGGUCUCUUUGAACUGGCCCUUCAACUUCGAGAGAAAAGGCUGGACAUUGAAGAGGCCUUAGUUGAAGAAAAGAAAGUGAUCGAUAACCUCAGAAAGGAAUAUGAUACAUUAUCCAAAAAAGUCAAGAUUGUGGCAACUAAUCUGAACAUGGCCGAGGAGGCCCUGGAGGCUUAUCAACGUGAGAAGCAGCAGCGGUUGAAUGAGCUGCUGGUUGUGAUUCCUCUCAAGCUCCACCAGAUAGAGUAUGUGGUAUUCGGAGAAAUACCUAGUGAUCUUUCUGGAACUUUGGUCUUUUCGAACCACUCCUUGGGACGACUGCAAGAACGAAUUGUCCAGCUCCACGAGGAAAAUUCCCAGCAGCAAAAACUUAACAAAGAUUGCCGGGAACGGCGUAAACAGCUCAUCCGAGAAAAGAGAGAGAUGGCCAAAACUAUACAGAAAAUGGAAGAAACAGUCAAUCAACUAAUGGUCAGCAAGUUUGGCCGUGUGGUCAACCUAGAAGCCCUUCAGACACUUUCUGUGAAUACAACACUUGAAGAACUAAAGAUCAAGAAACUUCGAAAGGAGCUAUCAAACGCAAAGGAAAUGAAGAUGUGGGAGGAAAAGAUUGCUCAAAUGCGACGGGAAUUGAUGAUGAAGACAAAAGAACACAGCAAAAAACUUCAUCAGAUGAAUGAUUUAUGUACUGAAAAGAAGAAACUUGAUUCUCAGUUGAAUAUUCUACAGAACCAACAGGGCAAUGCCUUCCAGGGCCCCCGGAAAGCAGAUAUUGUGGCAAGAGAGAAGGUCACUGAAUUGAUCCAAGUCCAGGCCGAAAGGAUUAUGGCCUUAAAGGAAGAGGUUGCUCUUUUGCGUAAGAAAGGUGGCCUUGUUCUCCCCCCCAUUCACUCUCCACAAGAGAAUGAAUGA